AUGCUGUCACCGGCAUUUACUUCGCCGCCCUCCUUGCCGACAGUGACAAAGACUCGGGGCGUUGGUUCUACUUGGAGGAGCACAGUGAGCACAGCUACGGGGCCAUCGCAAUCAGGCCGGUGUGCAUGGGCAGCGCUUGGGAUGUGCCUUGCCGCCGGACGAUGGCAGGUUCGCCCGCGUGGGUCAGCUUCAACACUGAGGCCAGCGAUUGCCCGUCUCCUGGGCGUCCAGGCACCGGCAGCUUUUUGGGACCCGCUGGAACUCUCAGCUGACGGUGACGUGGCCCUUUUCAAAAGCCGAAAGGCUGCAUCUGUAGUGCAUGGCAGGAUGUGCAUGGUUGCAUGUGCUUACGAGCUCGGCUGCCAGCGCUUCUCCCAGAGCUUUGUGGCCUGGGCAGACAUGCCGGGUGCACUCCAGACCUGCACGGCCGAAUUCCUUGCCUUGUGCGAGCUUUUCUCCCACAAGUUUGGUUGGCACCGGGCCCAGCCAGUAAGCAAGUCCCCGAAGUCCGACCUUAUUGCAGGUCGACUUGCCAUGGUGGCAGUCUCGAGCCUCUGCUGUCAGGAGGCGUUGGCUGACACCCUUGUCUGCUUGGAUCUGUGGACAGAGCCCACGGUCUGA